GACAGAUGGACGAGAUGAAGUGAGAAACACACUACGAAAUCAGCAACACCAACUACAGGACGACGCUAGCACGUGCUACAAUCAAGAGCAAAGCAGAGGACACCUACCUCGGACGCAGAAAACUUCAGCUGAUUUUCCAUAACCAUGGCAAAGGUCUAUAAGAAGACAAGUGGCAAUGGUUCGCUUUGCCUCUAUUUGGGCAGGAGAGACUUUGUGGACCAUGUGGACAGUGUUGAUGCUGUUGAUGGAGUGCUCAAGAUUGAUCCUUCAGGUCUUAAUGGAAGGAAAGUGUGGGUACAGCUUGCAUGUGCUUUCCGCUAUGGCAAAGAGGAUUUGGAUGUGAUUGGAGUUUCCUUCAGGAAAGACAUCUGGGUAAAGCGCAUUCAGAUAUAUCCACCUGCAGCAAGCAAUCCCCCCAACACACCGAUGCAGGAUGCGCUUCUGAAGAAAGCUGGGGAUCAAGGGCACCCCUUUACUUUUGAGAUCCCCAUAAAUCUUCCGUGCUCAGUGUCCCUUCAACCAGCACCAGAAGAUGCUGGCAAGGCUUGUGGGGUUGACUAUGAAGUGAAAGCAUAUAUCUCCAAUGAGGCAGACAACCUAGAUGAGAAAGUUGAAAAGAAAGACACUUGUCGUUUGAUUAUCCGCAAAAUCCAAUAUGCACCAGAUAAGCUGGCAGCUGGACCCAAGGCUGAUAUCAAUAAACAAUUUAUAACUGCAGACAAACCAAUGCACCUGGAAGCCUCAAUGGAGAAGGAGCUCUACUACCAUGGUGAUCCAAUUUCUGUUAAAGUGAAAGUGAACAAUGAGACCAGUAAAGUAGUAAAGAAAGUCAAAAUCACGAUUGACCAAAUUACAGAUGUUGUGCUAUACUCAGCGGACAAAUACAACAAAUGUGUCCUGAAUGAAGAAUUUGGGGACCAAAUUGAUGCUAACUCCACCUUUGAGAAGGAAUAUAGACUCACUCCUCUGCUGGCCAACAACAAAGAGAAACAUGGUCUUGCACUGGAUGGCAGACUAAAGGAUGAAGACACCAACUUGGCUUCUUCAACAAUUCUGCGGCCUGACAUGAAUAAGGAAAUGCAAGGCAUUAUGGUUUCCUACAAAAUUAAGGUUACCCUCAUGAUGGGAGGUGGUCUUUUGGGAAGUCUCACAUCAAGUGAUGUUGUUGCUGAGCUACCUUUGGUUCUAAUGUCACCGAAGCCCGCAGAUGUGUAAGUAUUGAAGUAAACUUGUUUUCUCAUGUUCAGAAAGAAUGCUGUCCUUCUAUGCACUUUCUUUUAUAAAUCUUGGACUUGACCAUUAAAAAAAAAAAGUUCCUCAGUAAACAAUCACUACACACUGGAGUAUAGAGAAAGGUUUAAACAGUACCUGGAACAUAAUUGCUAGGCGAUUUCAAAAUAAGUGCCACAGAUUUAUUUUUAGACAGAAGUCAAUGUUCUUAAUGAGCAAAAAUAUAAACAGAGACUUUUAAACAAUUUAAAAGAGAAUGAUAAAAUGUGUUGUUUUAUAGUGUUUUGAAAUUGACUUUAAAAGGAAUAUUGCUCUCUGUACUUUAUACUUGUAUAACACCAGAACAAGAGAUCAGAGAUAACUGGGAAACAGAUAUAAGAAGCAGAAGAUCUUGCUUGUCAUGUUUUUAUCUUAUCUCUUAAUUAUUAUUAUAAUUUUUUUUAAAUAAUUUUUUUCACAAAAAUUAUGUUGACUAAGCUACUGUUAGAUUAAUGUUUUACUCUGUCAUUUAUUUUGCU